UUUUUUUUCCCCGUUUUCGAUCUCUCACCUUCCCGUCACUACUCCGGUGUCCGAUGCCGUCUCGGCCGUUCCGAUACCGUCGCGAUCCGUAACACGCACAAGGCACUACACGCGCGACGACUCUGAAGCCGCCGUCGACGAUCUGCGCCGCGUUUCCUCCUCGUUCAAAGUCGUCGUCGUCCCGUUAUCUUUGUUAUUGUUUUUUUUUUUUCGUUAGUUUUUGCUAUUUUUUACGCACUCCCGCCGCUCUCUGUUCGCCACCACCACGGUACCAGCUCUACAGCCUUCCGUACUGAGACACGAUCGCACUCGCGAUUCACAAGUCGCACACAUACAUAUUAUUGUUGUUAUAUUCGUGCAAUAGUAAUUAUAAUAUUAUAUAUUUUAUAAAAAACAUAUUAUUAUCGUUAUUGUUGUUGUUAUUACUAUUAUUACGCACAAGCAACAACUUUCGGACCGCCGCCGCGUCGUUUUAUUUCGUCGGACGAAUAAAAAAAUAUUAUAUCCAACACAACCGCAUAAUACGCGUCGCACAAACAUCGUACGCGCACGCACACGGCCGUCCAAUAAUAAUAAUACAUUGUAUUGCUGCUGUGCACCGUCGUCGUCAUUUUGUGUGCCUCCUCGUCGUUUCGUUUAACUUAACAACGAUCGUAACAAUAAAGAAAAUAAUGCGCAGUGUGCUCACUUUGGUCGUUUGAAGAAGAACAUCUCCGCCACAUCGUCGUAGUUAUGCGCCUUUUGUGAAAGACUAUUUUUCGAUUUUUUUUUCUCCAAAAUCCUUAUCGAUUUAAAUUUACAACAAUAAUAUACUACAAACACACUGAUCGUCGUGACGACACAUUAUUUAUGGCUAUCAAUCAGAUACUGUCGUCGAGCGCCCACAGAGCCCUAGCGCACGAGUACAAGAGUCUUCAGGAUGAACCCGUCGAGGGAUUCAGGGUAAAGCUAAUCGAGGAUAACCUACGAGAGUGGGAAGUGGCCAUAUUCGGACCACCAGAAACGCUUUACCAAGGAGGAUAUUUCAAGGCUCAUAUGAAGUUUCCUGCAGACUAUCCAUAUUCACCACCAACCAUAAGAUUUCUGACAAAAGUAUGGCAUCCUAAUGUAUAUGAGAAUGGUGAUUUAUGUAUUUCAAUUCUUCACCCGCCAAUAGAUGAUCCUCAGUCUGGAGAGUUACCAUGCGAAAGAUGGAAUCCUACCCAAAGUGUCAGGACAGUAUUACUAUCUGUAAUUUCUUUACUAAAUGAACCAAAUACAUUCAGUCCUGCUAAUGUAGAUGCUUCCAUCAUGUACAGACGGUGGAAAGAUUCCAAAGGAAAAGAUAAAGAAUAUGAAAAUAUAAUUAAAAAACAAGUUGUAAGCGGCCGAUUAGAGGCUGAUAGAGAUGGAGUUGUGGUUCCACUAACACUAGAAGAUUAUUGUAAAGUGAGCCAUGUUGCUCGUUCUUCAGCUGCCGCUGCUGCUAUGGACAGUGAUUUUUAUGUAGAAGACUACGACUUAGAUGUCGAGUCUGAUGCAAACUCCGAAGAAGAGUAUCAGGAUGAUGCUACUGAUAGUGGCAAUGGUGAAUCGUGAAACCAAACAACUAUUAGGCAUUUACAAAACAUUAAACAAUAUUUAAUAAACAGACAUAAUAAUUGCUAUUGAACAUUUGUCUGUGUUGGACAAAAUAAUUUAAGCCAUUGAUUUAUGUUCUGUUUUGGGGUCAAUGGUCUCUUUGCAUGUGAUCUUAAAUAUUAAGAUAACAAUAUGUGACACUGCUCUGAUAUCCUACAGUCACUUAUACACAGUAGGCUUUCAUAUAUCUCUGUAUACAUAAAUUACUUACAUAUACAUAUACAUACAUAAGUAUAUAUUUAUAUACAUAUUUUUUUGCUUCUUCCAAAUUUUAACUAAACUGUAUAAUUUUUGAUAAAUUACUACUACUAAAAAAAAAUUAUUAAUAAUAAUGUAAUAUCUAUUGACAUAGUUUAUAAUUUCUUCUUGUUCAUCCCAUCAUAUAUAAACUUAAACCUACUUUAAUCGUUUUGUUUCUUUAAUUAUUUCUGAUUUUUUUAUCCCUUGUAGGCAGCUAAAAUGACUGAAAAUGUUGUUUGUCAAAUUUAAAUAUUGUGGUAUUGCUACACUCUUGUAGAUAGUAAAUUGAAUUUAAUGUUUAUUAUUGUUUUUAAUACUUAUGUCUUAUAUAUGUGAUAACAAAAAGAAUAAAAUGAGCUCAUAACAUGAAAUAAACCUUUCAUUAUAAAUUCAUUUUUUUUUUUAAUUUGUCUAUUUUGGUACUAUAAACAUUUUUGUUUAGAAUUAUAAAACAAAAAAUAGUAUACCUACCAAUGUAUGUAUUUAUAAAUUAUAAUGAUGUCGUCUUUAAUUUGUUCACUAUUGAUCUACAAUAUUCAUAUUUGUUAUUAGGGUAUUAUAUUUAUAAAGACACGGCUAAUAAUCAUUGCACAUUUUUUUUAAUCAGUCAGACUAUUGUAUGUUAUAUUUUAUUAACGUGUAAAAUGUAUUAAGAAUAUAUGUUUAUACGUGUUUUGGUGCAAAUACCUACUUAAAAAUGAAACAAAUAUUAUGAGUUGUAUAAGUUCAGAUAGUUGAUUAAGAGAUUAAUUUUAAAAUUGUAUUUUAUUAGACUAUAUUAUUUAGUUGGUGGUUUUAUUUAUGUUGUGUAAUUAACACAACAAUGUUUCUUGUGUAAUUUGGUCUAACGCAAUAUACAUAUUAAAUUUCACAAUAUGUAUCAUUCUAAUAAUAAAACCUGUGAUUGCUGUAAUUGAUAUACAGGCUUCAAAAGAGAAAAAUAACUUUAAUCAACCCUAUACGUUUUAUAUAACUGUUUCAAAUUAUAUUUUGUCAGUUCAAGAUAGGCAAUGACAUAAAAAUGUUGUCUUUAAUAGCUAAUGAUGUAUUGGUAGAAUGCAUAUGUAAAAUAUAGACCUUCACAGGACCCCGUGAUAUACAACAAUGGAUAUUAAAAUACAUAUAAUAUAUAUUAUAUAGGUACACAUAAACAUAUAAAUAUUUUUUAUGUUUGAUAUUAAAUUAUUUGUAUGAUUUUCGUUAUUAAAACUGUACGGAUCAACCAUAUAACAUUAUUUAUAAGUAGAGAAUUAUCCUACUUUUUUGUACGUAAGAUAAACGCCAACGCUUAAAAAAAAAAUUACUGUUAACAAAAAUAAUUAAUACCAUGUAAACACGACUUCUGAAAUCUAAUGUGUGAAUGUAUUAUAUAAUAUAGUAAAAUGUAUCUUUUGUAAUAA